CAAACCCAGCACGUCAGCUAUUUGGCAUCAUGAGCUCCUGGAGAAGAAAAGAAAAAGGAGUCUAGUCGACCUCCCACCACAGGAGACUGGGGGGCUUCCAUCUUUCUGGAUUUCCUAUCAUUUCACGGAUAUUUGUGCAAAAAGAAGAUACGAAAAUUAUUUGGGGGUUGGAAUUAUUACACUCUCUAACUUGACUGGAUUCUUAACCGGGAAAUCUUAGUAAAAGCCAAAGGUCAGAUGUCUCAUCUGCUAAAUUAUCUGAGAGGCUGAAGACUUAAAGGAGUAAAAAGAAAAAAAAAAUGGAUCAAAACCUGUUUGGAGGAGCCCCCAGGUUCCUCACCCGUCCAAAGGCUUUCACAGUGGGUGUGGGGAAGGAUGCCACACUCAGCUGCACUGUUGUUGGCAGCCCAACUCCUAUAAUCACCUGGGAAAAGGACAAGCUUAAGCUUUCGUCCGGGGGCCGUUUCAAGACUGUGGAGGAUGGAGACAUCUACCGUUUGACCAUCUACGACCUCACACUGGAGGACAGUGGUCAAUAUAUGUGCCGAGCCAAAAACAGCGUUGGGGAAGCUUAUGCUGCUGUGACCUUGAAGGUGGCCCUCCCGACAGAGAUGUCUCAGAGGGCCCCAGUUUUCAUGGUGAAGCCAGCUUCCACACGUGUGGCUCUAGGAGGAGAUAUUGUUUUCCAAUGCCGAGUUGUGGCUCACCCAGAGGCCAACUUUGAGUGGGAGAAGGACGGACGUUACCUAGGUGAGACAAACCGCAUCAAGAUCAUGUCAGACAGCGACAGCAGCACCUUAAAGAUCCAAGGUGUGCGCAACCUGGAUAGUGGUACCUACAUCUGCAGGGCCCAGAACUCUGUGGGGCGCGCACAGGCUGCUGCUGCUCUGGUGGUGGAUGCUCAGGAUGCCCGCCACAUGUCUGCAGACAAGAGCACCUCUCUCCUUUCUCAUAUGCAAAAGCGCAAAGAGGAAAUGAAGAAGGACAUCUCCAUCUACCGCACUGAGGAAAACAGCUCCCUCUCCACAGCCAAAAUAACCAAUGCCCUGAAUACUGUGAGUCUGGAGCAUGAGCUGAGGGCUUCAGCACUGGCAAGUCUACCUAAAGGUGUAUUCACCCGCACCUGCACGGUCACUGAGGGCAAACACGCCAAACUUAGCUGCUUUGUGACAGGUCACCCCAAACCACACAUCAUCUGGAGAAAGGAUGGGCUGAACAUCAGCGAGGGACGCAGGCACGUCAUUUAUGAGGACCAAGCCGAGAACUUCAUCCUCAAGAUCCUGUACUGCAAGCAGAAUGAUAAUGGUCUCUAUACGUGCAAUGCAACCAAUAUGGCAGGGCAGACAUAUAGUGCUGUACUGGUUACAGUGAAAGAGCCAAAAGUUCCAUUUAAGAGGAAGCUACAGGAUGUGGAGGUACAAGAGAAGGCCUCAGCCACACUCCUGUGUGAGGUGCCCCUUAAUGCCACCCAAACCAGUUGGUUCAUGGAGGAAACCAUGCUGGAGCAAAACAUCAAAUAUCGCAUGGACGAGCAAGGGACGCUGCGUCGCCUCACCAUACAUAAUGUCACCACGAAUGAUGAUGGAGUUUAUAUCUGUGAGAUGAAAGAAGGCAGCCGCACUGUGGCUGAGCUCACUGUCCUGGGUAAUAUCACAAAGAAGCUUCCUCGGAGAACAAUCGUUCCUGUCAGUGACACGGUCAUCUUCUGCGUUGAGCUGGAGCAUCCUUGUCCAGAUGCCUAUUGGACUCGCAAUGGCGAGAAACUGAAGGAAGAUUCACGUACUUCGAUUGCCUGUGUACUUAGACAGUACACAUUAACAAUUAAAGACUGCCAGGCUGAUGAUUCUGGAGAAGUGGCCUUCAUAGCUGGAGAUUGUAAGACUUCAACACGAUUCUCUGUCACUGCUCCCAGGAAACAUCCCCCUGAUCCCCCAGUCGAUGCUGUGGUGCAGAACAAGACUGACUCAUCCAUCACCAUUCAGUGGUCUCCCCCUGACAGUGACCGCCCUGUACCCAUUAAUGGGUACAUCGUGGAGAAGAGAAAGGUUGGUGCUUCCACCUGGCAGAGGUGCAAUGCUGGAGAAAUCCUCACAACAACAGAGGUCACCAUACGCAGUUUUGCAGAAGAAGCUAGCUACCAGUUCCGAAUUUCUGCCACAAAUGCUUUUGGUCAGAGUCCCUAUUUGGAAGUACCUGGUAGUUUUUACCUUGAGCCCACUGCUGAAAUCAGGAAAGGUCUGAUGAACAGUACUGCAGUCUUUGGAGAGGAGUUCUCCAUCUCUGUCGAGCUGUCAGCUGCUUGCUCAGGCUUCUGGUCCCUAAAUGGACGUCUUCUGCGGAGUGGAUCAGAGUACCUUAUUACCAGGUCCAAGAAUAUACACACAUUACUCAUUCGUGUUGUGACGAUGGAAAUGAAUGGAGUCGAAAUCAAGUUUGUGGGUGGAGGUUCCCAGAGCAGUUGCAUCCUUUCUGUGAAGGCACCCUCUAUCAAGUUCACCAACAAGUCUGACCAUCCAGAGGUUGUGACCUGCAGCGUCCAAGAGACAGCUCAGCUGAGUGCUGAGGUGUCAGACUAUGAGACUCAGGUGGCUUGGAUGAGGAAUGGGCGAGAGGUGAAAAUGGGGAAGAAGUAUGAAUCAGUUAUACAAGAAUGCAGGAGGAUACUGAUAGUUCACAAUGUUACAGAAGAAGAUGUGGGCCUUUAUGAGUGUGUCUUAGCUGAUGACCGGAUGUCCUUUCAGCUCACAUUGAAAGAUGAGCCUGCCAAAUUUCUCAAUAAAGCCAGGGGCCCCAUGGGAAUGUCAUCCUCCCUUAGAGGAGACCUUGAGCUGAGUUGUGAGGUAUCUUCUGCGAGUGCUGCUGUUAUUUGGAAAAAGGAUAAAGUGGAGAUUAGUGAGGACCAAAGAACAACCAUAAUCUCCAAAGGGACCCAAAGGAAACUCAUUAUUAAGAGCGCCAAGAAAAUCGAUGAAGGAUAUUAUUCAUGUGAGACAGCAGCUGACAAAGUCACAUUCCAUGUAAAGAUAAAAGAGUCCCAAGCAGCAGCUGUGUUCUCCAAUAAGGAAUUAGUUCAGACAGAGAUCAAAGCCAUCCUUACCCAGAGAGCAACGCUGAGCUGCAAUGUGUCAGAUACCAAGACGGAGGUGAAAUGGUACAAAGAUGGAAAGCUACUGGAGUCGAGUAGGAGAAUAUACUGGGAGGCAAAAGGCACCACUCGUCAGCUGGUGAUUGAAAAUAUAGAGAAGAGUGAUGCUGGAGAGUACACAUGUGAAGCUGGAGGGGAAAAGCUGGUCUUCAAGAUAUUUGUAUCUGAUGCCCAGUCGGCUUUUUCAAACAAGGAGUCGGUCCUGAAUGAUGUUAAAGCCGCUGUGUCUCAGAAAGCCACACUCAGUUGUGAAGUGUCUGAUACGAAGACAGAGGUUAAAUGGUACAAAGAUGGAAAGCUUCUCACUUCUAGCAGGACGGUACAUACAGAGUCAAAAGGAAAAAGUCGCCAGCUGAUGAUAGAGAGCCUGGAGAGUAAAGACGCUGGAGAGUAUAUCUGUGAGGCUGGUUCUGAAAAGCUUGUCUUCAAACUGCAAGUGGAAGACAUGCAAGUUCAGUCUGCCUUCUUCAAAAAGGAGUCUGUUCAGAAAGAAGUGAAAGCCAGCCUUUCCCAAAGAGCCAUACUUAGCUGUGAGGUUGCUGACAGCAAGACAGAGGUGAAAUGGUUCAAGGAUGGCAAGCAGCUGACAUCCAGCAAAACAAUCCACACAGAAUCCAAAGGCAAGAGCCGUCAGCUGGUGAUAGACAGCAUGGAGAGAAAAGAUGCUGGAGAAUACAUCUGUGAGGCUGGAACAGAAAAGUUGGCAUUUAGGAUAAAUGUUGAAGAGAUCCAAAAAAAGUGUGCCUUUGUGAACAAGGAGUCUGUGCAGAAAGAAGUGAAGACCACUUUGUCCCAGAAAGCCACUCUGAGCUGCGAGGUUGCUGACAUGAAGACAGAGGUGAAAUGGUUCAAGGAUGGCAAGCAGCUGACAUCCAGCAAAACAAUCCACACGGAAUCCAAAGGCAAGAGCCGUCAGCUGGUGAUAGACAGCAUGGAGAGAAAGGAUGCUGGAGAAUACAUCUGUGAGGCUGGGACUGAAAAGCUUUCUUUCAAGUUACAUGUUGAAGAGAGCCAAAAAAGCUCUGCCUUUGUGAACAAGGAGUAUGUGCAGAAAGAAGUGAAGACCACUUUGUCCCAGAAAGCCACUCUGAGCUGCGAGGUUGCUGACAUGAAGACAGAGGUGAAAUGGUUCAAGGAUGGCAAGCAGCUGACAUCCAGCAAAACAAUCCACACUGAAUCCAAAGGCAAGAGCCGUCAGCUGGUGAUAGACAGCAUGGAGAGAAAGGAUGCUGGAGAAUACGUCUGUGAGGCUGGAACAGAAAAGCUUUCUUUCAAGUUACAUGUUGAAGAAAUCCAAAAAAGCUCUGCCUUUGUGAACAAGGAGUCUGUGCAGAAAGAAGUGAAGACCACUUUGUCCCAGAAAGCCACUCUGAGCUGUGAGGUUGCUGACAGCAAGACAGAGGUGAAAUGGUUCAAGGAUGGCAAGCAGCUGACAUCCAGCAAAACAAUCCACACGGAAUCCAAAGGCAAGAGCCGUCAGCUGGUGAUAGACAGCAUGGAGAGAAAGGAUGCUGGAGAAUACAUCUGUGAGGCUGGAACAGAAAAAAUGGCCUUUAAGAUACAUGUUGAAGAAAUCCAACAUAAAUCAGCCUUCUCCAACAAAGAGUCGGUCCAAAAAGAGGUGAAAGCCUCUCUGUCGCAGAAAACCACACUGAGCUGCGAAGUUGCUGAUGCAAAGACUGAGGUGAAAUGGUACAAGGAUGGUAAGCUGGUCACAUCCAGCAAGACCAUACAUGUAGAUGCAAAGAGCAGAGUUCGCCAGCUGGUGAUUGACAGCGUAGAGAGAACGGAUGCUGGAGAAUACAUCUGUCAGGCUGGGACUGAAAAGUUGGUCUUUAGGGUUCAUGUGGCAGAGCCUCCAGCUGUUUUCUCCAACAAGGACUCAGUCCAGAGAGAAGUAAAAGCUGCUCUCUCUCAGAAAGCCACUCUGAGUUGUUCCGUUUCAGACUCUAAGAUGGAGGUGAAGUGGUUCAAGGAUGGGAAGCUUCUGACCUCCAGUAAGGGGAUCCUCAUGGAGUCGAGGGGAACAACUCGUGAGCUGGUAAUAGAAAAAAUGGAAAAGAAGGAUGCAGGGGAAUACAGCUGUGAAGCUGGAAAUGAGAAGCUGGUAUUUAAGCUCCACUUGACAGAUGUGGCUGUCAAGUUCAAGACCAAGCCUGCCAAGGAUACAGUUAUCAUUGAAGCAAAUGAAAAUAUAGUUUUAAGAACUGAACUGACCACAGAGGCUGGAAGUGUGAAGUGGUUAAGAGAUGGUGUAGAGCUAAAGGAGAGCAGCAAGUAUGAAAUACGAAAAGAUGGGCUUUCACGCACUUUGAUAGUGAAAUCAGCAGAGACCAAAGACUGUGGAACAUAUUCCUGUGAAACUUCCAAUGACAAAGUGGAAUUCAAAGUUCAGGUUAAAGAUUCAGCUUUGAAGUUUGUUGUUCCUUUGAAACCUGCUACGGUGGAGUUAGGAGGAACUCUUAGCCUAAUUUGUGAGCUAAAUCAGGUCUCAGGGGAUGUUGUCUGGCAGCAUGAGGGGCAUGAAAUUAAACCUGGAAACAGGCACUGUGUCAGAACAGAUGGAGCAAAAAGGGUCCUCACUGUGACGGCGGUGACUAAAGAAGAUGAAGGAGAAUACAGCUGUGUGUGUAAGACUGACAAGACAUCUGCUAAAGUAUUGUCUAAAGCUCCAAGACUUGUGAGGUUAACCACUAAACUGAACAAUGUUGCCGCAAUGGAGGGAAAGGAUGCCAUUUUCAAAUGUGCCGUCACCCCGGCUGACGUGAAAGUCAAGUGGUUCCACAACAACAUGCCCAUCACCGCUGGGCCCAAGUACAAACCUGAGCAUGGAGGAGGGAGCUGCUCACUUAACAUUACAUCGGUCACACAGAAAGAUGCAGGAGAAAUAAGUGUGGAUGCAGAAGGCAAAAGCUGCAAAGCAACUCUUCAAGUGCAGCGUGAGCCUGUCGUGUUUAAGAAAAAGCUGGAAAACCUGACAGUGGAGGAAGAAAGAGAAGUAAAACUGGAAGUGGUGCUCAGUAAGCCUUCAGAUGAAGUCAAGUGGAUGAAGAACAGCGUCGUACUGCAGCCUGAAGGAAACAUAGAGAUUAGAGUUGAAGGCAUGAAGCAGACCCUGCUUUUCAAGAAAGUGACGUAUUCUGAUCGCGGCAUAUACUCUUGUGAGACUCUGGAUGACAAGACCCAGGCAAAGCUCACUGUUGAGAUGAAGAAGAUUCAGCUAAUAAAACCACUGACAGAAACUAAAGCUCAUGAAACGGAGACAGUAACACUUGAAGUGGAGCUGAGUCAGGCUGAUGUUGAAGGCUCGUGGACCAGAGAUGGGGCCAAGUUAAAGUCAGGAGCAAACUGCCGCAUCACAACUCUAGGGAAGAAGCACACCCUGACACUUUCCAAUCUGAAACGGGAGGAUGCUGGGAUGAUUUCCUUUCAGGCAGAAGGAGUCCAUACUUCAAGCAAACUGAUGGUCACAGAACCUCCUGCUCUGAUCUCCAAACCUAUCAUGGACAUCAAUGUUCCUGAGAAGGAGAAGGCAACUUUUGAAUGUGAAGUGUCUAGAAACAAUGCAGAAGUUAAAUGGUUCAAGGAUGAUGUUGAACUGAAGCCAGGAAAGAACUUUGCUCUUCAUUCCUUGGGCCGAAAGCGAACAUUAGUCAUCAACAAAUGUACACCUGAAGAUGGAGGAACUUAUAUCUGUCGGACUACCGAUGAUAACACCUCUGCUAAGCUCACUGUUCAUGCCAGAGAUAUCAAGAUUAUUAAGAAACUAGAGGAUGUAGAGGCUGUUGAAAAGGAGAGCGCUUCUUUUACCUGUGAAAUAUCUCAUGAUGAUGUGGAGUGCAAUUGGUUCAGAGGAAAUACCAAAAUAAAAGCCAACGACAACAUCAAGAUGAGACAAGAGGGUAGGACUUAUGUACUGCUCUUUAAGUCUGUGACGCCUGAAGACGUGGGUGAAAUUAGAUUUUCAGCUGAAAAAGCUUGUUCAACUGCAAAACUUAAAGUCAAAGAGCUUCCUGUGAAGUUUGUGAAGAAACUCAGAGAUAAGAUUGCCAUGUAUAAGCACCGCGUACAUCUUGAGUGCCAAGUUUCACGUGUCAGUGCAAAGGUGAAGUGGUUCAAAAACAAGAUGGAGAUCAAACCCAGCAAGAAGUAUGAUAUCAAAAGUGAAGAUGUGUACCGUAAGCUCACCAUCAACGACGUGGACUCUCAUGACGAAGACAUGUAUACCUGUGACGCUGAAGAUGACAAGACAUCCUGUAAACUUCUCGUGGAAGAGCAGUCCAUCAGUAUUGUGCGGGAACUCGCCGCUGUUGAAGUAACAGAGCCCUUUGCAGCUGUUUUUGAAAUUGAAGUCAGUGUGGAAUUAGUGAAGCCUCCCAUUUGGACUUUGAAUGGAGUUCCUGUGCAGGAGGGUGCUGACGUUGAGAUGGAGAAAGAAGGUACCAUGCACCGUCUCACUUUUAAAAAGACCAAAGCAUCAAUGACCGGGCCUGUGCAGUUCACUGCAGGAAAGAGCAAAUCUGUUGCUCAGCUCACAGUCAAAGAGCGUCCACUUGAGAUUAUAGAGCAUAUUAAAGAUGUAAAAGCAAAGGAAAAAAGCUGUGCAUUGCUCUCUUGCAAAUUUUCCGCUGCACCUAAAGAGGUGAGGUGGUUCAAGGGACAGGUUCCUCUGGCAGCAUCAGAUAAAUACACCCUAAAGCAGGAUGCUACGAGGGCUCAACUUACUAUUCAAAAGUUGACAGAAGAAGACAGUGGGGAGUAUCGCUGUCAAUCAGGCCCUGCUGAAACCAAAGGGACUCUAACUGUUGAAGUCCGGGACAUAAAGAUCACCAAACACCUGGCUAAUACAGAGGUUGACGAAGACAGCGACGCAACAUUCACAUGUGAAAUUAACUAUGCUGAUGAAGACGCACAGUGGCUCCUGAAUGAGAAGGUGCUAUUCACCAAUGAAGUGAACACCAUCACACAUGAGGGUAUGGUCCACAAGCUCACCCUGAAAAACCUGGCACCUCAGGAUGGGGGCACUAUCACCUUUCAAGUGCGUAAAGUGAAAGAAUCUGCAGAGCUGAAGGUUAAAGAGAAACAAGCCGUUUUCCUUAAGUCGCUAGAUGAUGUCACGGGAGAGGAGAAAGGCAUGAUAACUUUGGCAUGUGAAGCAAACAAACCAAGGGUUUCCCCAGUAUGGAGAAAAGAAGGUAAAGUCUUAAAAGCUGGACCAAAAUAUGAGCUCCUUCACACAGGAAAGUCUUUGGGACUGAUCAUUAAAGAUGUCACCAAAGAAGAUGCUGGAGAGUACAGUUGUGAUCUUGGCACAGAGGUCACUAAGUCAAAGGUCACUGUAAGAGAAAUUGGUAUUGGUAUCACCAAGAAACUGAAAUCCGUUGAGGUGAAUGAAGGAGACGCAUGCAGCUUUGAAUGCAUUCUGUCACGUGAGAGCAUUGACGACUGCUUGUGGUUAGUCAAUGGUAAACCGGUUACAAAAGGAGGUCGCUUUAAGAUCACAAGUCAGGGACGCAAGUACAUGCUGACUGUGAAGGAUGUCACCCCUGCUGAUGCGGGAGAGGUGGUCUUUACCAUUAAAGACCUGAGCUCCAAAGCAACACUAAAAGUGGAAGGAAAAGCGUCAUCCCUUUCAAACGGACUUCAAAAUGUAUCUGCUGUUUGUGGUGAAGAUGCAGUUUUUACCUGUGAGGUGACCCAUGCUAAUUCUAAUGUAAAGUGGGCCAAGGACGGUAAAUCCAUCAGAACAAGUAAGAAGUAUGAGAUCAGUCAACAGGAAAAGGUCAUGAAGCUGACCAUACACAAUGUGUCUGCUGGAGAUUCUGGAGAGUACAGCUGUGAAGUUGUUGGAGGUGCAACCACACGAGCUAAACUGGAAAUUAAGGAACCGGUCCAUAAGUUCACUAAAGUGCUUGAGGACAUCGAAGCAGAUGAAAAGAGCUCUGUGACCUUGCGCUGUGAAACAGCCCAAUCGCCAUCCAUGGUGACAUGGCUGAAAGGCCACACAGAACUGAGAGCUGGAGGUCAAUAUGAGAUGUCCCAGAAGGAGAGAGUCCUGACUCUCAUUAUUAAACAGCUGGGCGAGGCAGAUACUGACAUCUAUACAUGUGACGUGGGCACUGCUAAGAGCAUGGCAAAGUUGACUGUGAAAGCAUUGCCAACAACAAUUGUGAAACAUUUGGAGAGCCAGGAGGCUGAAGAAGGAGCCAGUGUCUCUCUGCAUUGUGAGCUCUCCAAACCUGGAGUCCCUGUGGAGUGGAAGAAGGGAACACAGGUCCUGAAGUCUGGAGAGAAGUACCAGAUGAAGCAGAAGGCCUCUGUGAAUGAACUCAUUAUCACCAAAGUAGUGCCAGAAGACAGUGGAGAGUACAGCUGUGUGUGUGGAGACCAGAGGACCACCGCCAGCCUGAAGAUCAAGGCACAACCAGUGACGUUCAAGCAGAAGUUGGAGAGCCAUGAGGCUGAAGAAGGAGCCAGUGUUUCUCUGCAUUGUGAGCUCUCCAAACCUGGAGUCCCUAUGGAGUGGAAGAAGGGAACACAGGUCCUGAAGUCUGGAGAGAAGUACCAGAUGAAGCAGAAGGCCUCUGUGAAUGAACUCAUUAUCACCAAAGUAGAGCCAGAAGACAGUGGAGAGUACAGCUGUGUGUGUGGAGACCAGAAGACCACAGCCAGCCUGAAGAUCAAGGCACAACCAGUGACGUUCAAGCAGAAGUUGGAGAGCCAGGAGGCUGAAGAAGGAGCCAGUGUUUCUCUGCAUUGUGAGCUCUCCAAACCUGGAGUCCCUGUGGAGUGGAAGAAGGAAACACAGGUCCUGAAGUCUGGAGAGAAGUACCAGAUGAAGCAGAAGGCCUCUGUGAAUGAACUCAUUAUCACCAAAGCAGUGCCAGAAGAUAGUGGAGAGUACAGCUGUGUGUGUGGAGACCAGAAGACCACAGCCAGCCUGAAGAUCAAGGCACAACCAGUGACGUUCAAGCAGAAGUUGGAGAGCCAGGAGGCUGAAGAAGGAGCCAGUGUUUCUCUGCAUUGUGAGCUCUCCAAACCUGGAGUCCCUGUGGAGUGGAAGAAGGGAACACAGGUCCUGAAGUCUGGAGAGAAGUACCAGAUGAAGCAGAAGGCCUCUGUGAAUGAACUCAUUAUCACCAAAGUAGAGCCAGAAGACAGUGGAGAGUACAGCUGUGUGUGCGGAGACCAGAAGACCACAGCCAGCCUGAAGAUUAAGGCACAACCAGUGACGUUCAAGCAGAAGUUGGAGAGCCAGGAGGCUGAAGAAGGAGCCAGUGUUUCUCUUCAUUGUGAGCUCUCCAAACCUGGAGUCCCUGUGGAGUGGAAGAAGGAAACACAGGUCCUGAAGUCUGGAGAGAAGUACCAGAUGAAGCAGAAGGCCUCUGUGAAUGAACUCAUUAUCACCAAAGCAGUGCCAGAAGACAGUGGAGAGUACAGCUGUGUGUGUGGAGACCAGAAGACCACAGCCAGCCUGAAGAUCAAGGCACAACCAGUGACGUUCAAGCAGAAGUUGGAGAGCCAGGAGGCUGAAGAAGGAGCCAGUGCUUCUCUGCAUUGUGAGCUCUCCAAAUCUGGAGUCCCUGUGGAGUGGAAGAAGGGAACACAGGUCCUGAAGUCUGGAGAGAAGUACCAGAUGAAGCAGAAGGCCUCUGUGAAUGAACUCAUUAUCACCAAAGCAGUGCCAGAAGACAGUGGAGAGUACAGCUGUGUGUGUGGAGACCAGAAGACCACAGCCAGCCUGAAGAUCAAGGCACAACCAGUGACGUUCAAGCAGAAGUUGGAGAGCCAGGAGGCUGAAGAAGGAGCCAGUGUUUCUCUGCAUUGUGAGCUCUCCAAACCUGGAGUCCCUGUGGAGUGGAAGAAGGGAACACAGGUCCUGAAGUCUGGAGAGAAGUACCAGAUGAAGCAGAAGGCCUCUGUGAAUGAACUCAUUAUCACCAAAGCAGAGCCAGAAGACAGUGGAGAGUACAGCUGUGUGUGUGGAGACCAGAAGACCACAGCCAGCCUGAAGAUCAAGGCACAACCAGUGACGUUCAAGCAGAAGUUGGAGAGCCAGGAGGCUGAAGAAGGAGCCAGUGUUUCUCUGCAUUGUGAGCUCUCCAAACCUGGAGUCCCUGUGGAGUGGAAGAAGGGAACACAGGUCCUGAAGUCUGGAGAGAAGUACCAGAUGAAACAGAAGGCCUCUGUGAAUGAACUCAUUAUCACCAAAGUAGUGCCAGAAGACAGUGGAGAAUACAGCUGUGUGUGUGGAGACCAGAAGACCACAGCCAGCCUGAAGAUCAAGGCACAACCAGUGACGUUCAAGCAGAAGUUGGAGAGCCAGGAGGCUGAAGAAGGAGCCAGUGUUUCUCUGCAUUGUGAGCUCUCCAAACCUGGAGUCCCUGUGGAGUGGAAGAAGGGAACACAGGUCCUGAAGUCUGGAGAGAAGUACCAGAUGAAGCAGAAGGCCUCUGUGAAUGAACUCAUUAUCACCAAAGCAGUGCCAGAAGACAGUGGAGAGUACAGCUGUGUGUGUGGAGACCAGAAGACCACAGCCAGCCUGAAGAUCAAGGCUUCCCCAGUUAUUUUCACAAGGCAUCUGGAAAGCCAAAUUGUGGAAGAGGGUCAGAGUGUCACCUUUUACUGUGAGCUUUCCAAAUUGGGAGUUUCUUUGGAGUGGAAAAAAGGAGAACUUGGCCUUUGUCCUUGUGGCAAAUAUGAAAUUAAACAAAUGGAGAACAUGGCUAUGCUAAUAAUCCAUAAUGUUGAACCAGAGGACUCUGGAAGUUACACUUGUGACACUGGUGAAAGUCAAAGCACUGCAAAGCUAGAUGUGAAGGCCAAACCUGUCCUUUUCAAAACUAAGCUUCAAAACCUUGAAAGGCAGGAAGGAGAGUCUGUUAGCUUUUGUUGUGAGAUCACCAAACCAGGAGCUAGUGUGAUAUGGAGGUGUGGUGACACGAUGCUGACAGCAAGUCGCAAAUAUCAGCUAAAGCAGGAUGGGACUAUGGUAGAACUUGUUAUCUAUAAACUUCAGGGAAGCGAUGCAGGAGAGUACUCCUGUGAUACAGGCUUCCAGAAGACUUCGGCGAUCCUUUGUGUGAAUGCCAUUGACAUUCUCAUCGUGAAGUUCUUGGACAGCUGCGUUGUUAAUGAGGGGGAAGAUGUCCACUUCCAGUGUCAGCUUUCUCACGCGGAAACUCCACAGAUCCAGUGGAAACUCAACAGAGUCCCGCUGCAAAAUAACGAAAUGAAUCUGAUAAAGUCUGAGGGCCGAGUGCACAGCCUCAAACUCAGAGGCGUCACAGCGGUCGACUCUGGAACAGUCACUUUCACUGUGGGAAACCACACCUCCACUGCUUCUCUCACAGUCAGAGCGGCACCAAUAUCCUUUAAAAAGAAACUGGAAAACCGAGAGACCAAAGAGGGAGAAGAGACCACUCUGUCAUGUGAGACAUCCAGUCCUGACUGUAAGGUGACAUGGCGGAAAGGCUCAACUGUCCUCUCUCAGGGGGAGAAGUACACCAUUCAGCAGAGAGCUACCAUUCACAGCCUGGUGAUACACAAGCUGGUCAAGGAAGAUAGUGGUGAAUAUACCUGUGAUACAGGAGAAACGAAAAGCAGCGCCACACUUACUGUAAAAGAGAAUGUCCGCAUUGUCCGUGAGCUCCUCGAUGUCACGGUGACCACUGGCCAGGACGCCAUCUUUGAAGUCGAGCUGUCACACUCAGGUGUGACUAACGGGGAAUGGUGGCUUGGAGACAACCUCCUUCAAAAUAACGAUCUCAAUCAAAUGAGUGUUCAGGGUAGAACUCAGCGACUGACUUUGAAGAUGGUAACCACAGAUGAAUCAGGGGAUGUUGCCUUUGUCAUUGGUGAGGAGAAGAGUGUGGCUUGCCUUCUGGUGGAGGAGAAACCCAAAGUCGUAAUAUUAGAGAAACCUCAAAACACCACAGCAGUGGAGGGUGAAACAGUCACAUUUAGCUGCUGCAUCUCCAACUCCAAUGCCUCUGUCACUUGGAUGAGGAACAAUGUGCCAAUCCAAGCAGGAAUCAAGUAUGAUCUGAGGAAGAAUGGUGCAGUACAUCAGCUUCGAAUCCACAACUUGUUGCCCGAGGACUCAGGAAAAUACCUGUGUGACACUGGGGAUGCACAAUGUGAGGUCACUUUAACUGUGCAAGGUGCCCCAGUGUUCUUCCAAAAAGAGCUCAAGAACCAGGAAACCAUCGAGGGUGAUGAUAUCACCCUGCACUGUGAGGUGUCUAAGCCAGGUGUUCGAGUUGAGUGGCGGAAAGGAGGCAUUGUCCUCCGGCCUAGUAAGAAGUAUGAGAUAAAGCAGGAGGGGUGCAUUCAAGAGCUCUGUAUUCAUAACCUGGAAUCCGAAGACAGUGGUUACUACACUUGUGAUGCAGGAGAACAGCUCACUACAGCUUCUUUGGCAGUAAAAGUGAAAGAAGUCUUCAUUGUUACUGGUCUUAAAACCACUGAUGUCUUUGUUGGGGAAUUGGCAACAUUCUCCUGCCAGCUGUCUGGAAGGGCGCCUGGUAAGGUGCAGUGGUGGCUGGAUGGCACCUUGUUGGAGAACAGCCCCUGUAUUAAAAUAGGGGUGGAACAAGGCUUUAUCCAUACACUCACCUUUAUGAACCUGGCUACGGACGACUCGGGCACUGUCACAUUCAAAGUGGGCAACUUAACCUCAUCUGCCAAGCUCUUAGUCAAAGAUCCCACAGUUGAGGUGGUGAACGACAUGGAGGACCUUUGGGUGGUUGAAAACCAACAAGCUGAGUUCAUCUGCCAGUUUUCCAGGCCAGUCAAAGCUCAGUGGAGAAAAGAUGGGCAGCUUUUGCAGCCUGAUGGCCGAAGGGUGGUAGUGGAGCAGGACUGGAGUGUCGCUCGCUUGUUCAUUAACCGUGUUUCCCGUGAUGACAUUGGGACGUAUUCCUGUGAGGCAGAGGGUACGUGUGGGGUCGCUUCACUUCAUGUGGAAGCCAAACCAAUUAACAUCGUCCAGGGCCUAGAAAAUGCAGAAACGUUUGAUGGGGGAGAAGCGCUGUUUGAGUGUGCCCUCUCUCGCCCUGAGAGCAAAGACUGCAACUGGCUUCUAGAUGGAAAACCAGUGAAGGAGUCACCUAAAGCAGAGAUUGUGUCCUUUGAAAGUGGUCGUCGCCAUCUGUUGCUCUUGAAAGAUCUGCAUGAGAAAGACAGUUGCACAGUGACAUUUAAAGCUGGUACAGCUUCCACCUCUGCACAGCUUACAGUCAAAGGCUGGAAGCUGGACAUUGUGCAGGGUUUGGAGGACAAAGUGGUAGCUGUCGGAGAGAAAGUUGAGUUCUGUGUAAAGGUUACUGAGCCUGUUCCUGCAACAGACGUGGCCUGGUAUGCUAACGGAGUUGAACUCAAACCCAGCGAUCUCUGGACUAUGAGGGUGGACGGCAGUUCUUAUCACCUUCUCCUGAGACAGGCUCCGCUCAUGCCCCAGCAGGAAAUUACAUUCGCAGCCAGGGAUGCUCUCUCUUUGGCCAAACUCACCAUCAUCACUGUGCCUGAUCCUCCAGAGGAUCCAGAAGUCCUCUCUAAAACUACAGAGUCUGUGACUCUCUCCUGGUUUACUCCUCUUCACGAUGGAGGGAGUCCUAUCAUAGGUUACAGGGUGGAAAUGCGACUGGUGGACAGUGCCCUUUGGCUUCCAUGUCAUUCUGAGCCUGUUUGCAACACUGAAUUUGUAGUGGAAAAUCUGGUGCCUGGGAGUGGCUACAGGUUCAGAGUGGCAGCAAUUAACAAAGCUGGAACUGGAGAGCCCGUUGAGCUUCCUCUGACAGUGCAGCUUGAUGCAAAACAGGCAGCAGUAAUGGAACAGCCCAGUCUGCCUCCUGAGGCUGCUGAGGAAGGGGAGCUUCAUGACCUGUGGGACGCCUCGGCAAAGAAACGGCGCAUGAGCAGAGAGCCCACAUUAGACUCCAUCUCAGAACAACCUGAGGAGAAUGGUAGAGGGGGCAAAAAACAACAGAAAGAGUCUGUGUCUGGAGAAAAGGUUGAAAUCAGGGCAACUGAGAGGGAACACGAUGCUGUGUCCAAGAAACAGACAGAAACUGUCAAAUCCAUCAGUUCUGAAGAAGAGAUUGUUACUGGAGGCUCCUCACUUGUGUCUUACCUCCAAAAGAGCAGCAAGACUGAAUCAACAGAAACCAAAGAGGCAGAGAGUCUUACAGCCGAGAAGUUCUUCGCACAUUUCCAAAUGGUAGAGCAAAAAACGGUGCAGCAGACUGAAACAAAAGCCACAAUAAUUCAGAAAGCAGAAGAAAUACAGCUUUCUUCUCAUGAGGCCGGCAUCAUGGAGAUCACAAAAGAGGAGGAGCCCGGGCUUACCGAUGCUGCCAUCAAGAUACAAGCCGCCUUCAAGGGUUACAAGGCUCGCAAGGACAUGCGGCCCAUCUUCAAAGAGGUCUUUAAGGACCAAACUAAAGAACCGAAUGACACCAUACAUCUUGAAUGCGUGACAGAAGGUAAACCAGAUAAGGUAAGCUGGAUGAAGGACGGAGAAUUACUGCUGGAUGGAAAACAUCAUCAUAUAGAUAUCUACAAUGAUGGCACCUGCUCUCUAGUCAUUACUGCCAUCACCACAAAAGAUACUGGUGUUUACACCUGUGAGGUCACCAACAAGUUUGGAGUAGCAUCUCACAGUGCUAAGGUGACUGUAGGAACAGUAAGGGAAUCAUCGGGCCGCCGACCCCUCACCAUAGGUUACAGUGCCGACAGUGAGCCUGAGAGUUCCUCCGGUAGCGAGAUGGAUGAGUCACUGCGACAGGCAAGUAAACGCCUGAGGCGCCUUCUCCGCACUCGCCUCCCACCUGACGUUGAGGAAGAACCCUUUAUCAGCGCAGAUGAAGGGGACAUGCGUCCCCCAGACCCUCACUCUUACCGUGAGGAUGAAAAUUUCAUCUACAUUCGCUUUGAAACCCGAGCAGAUGCUGAGGUAGCCUCUAAGAGAUUCCAGGAGAUGUUCACUGUCCAUGGGGUGCCUGUAGAGACUGCCAUCAUAACAGCUGGUCUUCACAAAGUGGAGCUGCGAAUUAAAAAGAUGGGCUACAUCCAGGAUGGUACACAGACCCCGACACAAGAUAGGCAACCUCCUGCUUUACUGACUGGAGCUCCAGCUGCCCCAGUGUUUCUGACUGAGCUGCAAAGUCAGGAUGUUCCUGAUGGCUAUCCGGUCAGCUUUGAUUGCGUUGUAAUUGGCAAGCCCCCUCCCACUGUUCGAUGGUAUAAGGAUGGCAAGCUACUGGAGGAAAAUGAUCAUUACAUGAUCAACGAGGACCAAGAGGGUUGCCACCAGCUCAUCAUCACAUCUGUGUUGCCAACUGACAUGGGAGUUUAUCGUUGCACAGCCGAAAACAGCAGUGGGAUUGCUGCCACUAAAGCUGAACUCAGAGUUGACAUGUCGUGCAGCUCAGAUUAUGACACUGCUGCAGAUGCCACUGAGACCUCCUCUUAUGUCAGUGCCAAAGGCUAUGUGUCAAGUAGAGAAACUGAAACCUUCGAAUCUGUAAGUGAAGACGAUCAGCUGCCACAGGUUGUAGAUGAACUUCACGAUGUUCACGUCAGUCCAGGUUCACCUAUUGCUAAAUUGCAACUCAAAGUUAAAGGGUUCCCUACACCUAAAGUAUACUGGUUCAAAGACAGCCAGCCUCUCCGACCAUCAAAAAGGAUUCAGCUGUCAGCAAGGAGAGAUGUUCAUGCAGUGGAGAUCUUUGAAGUGAAGAGAGAAGACAUGGGGGAGUAUUCUGCUUACAUCAGCAAUGCAGCUGGCUCUGCGUACUCCUCUGCCCGUUUGAUAGUACUGAGUCCAGGGGAGAUUUUACCACCUGAUAAAAAAGACGCCAAGGAGCCACUGGUGCCACCCCGCUUCCUUGAGAGGUUCAGCAACAGAAAGGUGAAACAAGGUGCAAGCAUCACUCUCUCUGUCAAGGUAGAAGGAUCUCCUACUCCCACAGUCUCCUGGCUGAGGGAGAAAUCAUCAGAGGAUGUUUUGUGGAUUAAACCUGAUACUAAAGGAUACAAAAUAGCAAGCUCUGGUCGCCAGCACAGCCUUAUAUUGAUGGAUGUACACCAGGAGCAUUCCGGCACCUACACGUGUAUUGCAACAAAUAGAGCAGGGCAGUCUCUCUGUAACUGUCAGCUCCAGGUGGAUGAUGCACCGCAACUAAAGAAAGAUACUGCAGCUUCAGAGGUCCUUGGGAUUACUGUUAGUCCCCCAGAAGAUGAGGCUGGCAGAGGCAGUGAACGUAAAAUACCCUACUUAGGGGAAGUUGGCUCGGAGGAAUUUCUCAUGAAACUCACUUCUCAGAUCACUGAAAUGGUUUCAGCAAAGAUCACCCAAGACAGUUUACAGAAUCACGAAGUGCUCCAGUGGAUGAAAUCUUGGCCCAAAUCUGCCACUUCGUUACGAGUACCAGGUGCUGACAGCGACGAUGAGACCAAAACUCCUUCUCCAUCACCCCAUCAUGGCCGCUCUCGACCUCCUUCCCUCAUUGCAGACUCCUCCUCAGAGUCAGAUGAAGGAGACGCCAGAGGAGAGAUGUUUGACAUUUAUGUGGCAUCAGCGGAUUAUAACCCCACCAUUGCAAGUAAAGACUCAAUCUCUCUCAAAGAGGGACAGUAUGUGGAGGUUUUGGACUCUGCUCAUCCUCUUAAAUGGUUGGUUCGGACCAAACCGACCAAAACAACACCAUCACGACAAGGCUGGGUGUCCCCUGCCUACUUGGAUAAAAAAAUCAAACUCUCAGCUGAUGCUGGAGAUCUUCCAGAAACAAGUGUGGAAGAGGUUUCUGAAGGGGAAUACAAGAGGAAGUUAUUUCAGCUGAUGCAGGAUCUGAUCAAUGGAGAAUUACAGUUUGUGAGGGAGGUCGAAUUCUUCACAUCUCACCACCUGAAGCAAGCUGACAGUUCGGAUACUCCACCUGAUGUCUGCAGCCAGAAAGAGACCAUCUUUAGGAACGUUGAUGACAUCAAGUCCUUCCAUUCCAAGACAUUCCUUCCUAGGUUACAAGACUGUGACACAGAUGAUGAUGUAGCUAUGUGCUUCCUGAAGAACAAGGAAGGGUUUGAACAGUACCUUCAGUAUCUCGUAGGACAGUGUCAAGCUGAAUCGGCUGUCAGUGACAAGACUGUCCAUCGAUUUUUCAAGGAAUAUACUGAGAAAGAGCAAGCAAAUGCAGACCCUGCAGGUCCCCCAGUUCGAAGUAUCAAUGCUUACCUGCAGCAACCACUGGAGAGGAUACAGAAGUACAAGGCCUUCCUUAAGGAUCUAAUUCGAAACAAGGCAAGAAAUGGGCAGAACUGCUGCCUCCUGGAAGAGGCGUACGCAAUGGUGUCUGCCCUUCCACAGCGCUCUGAGAAUACCCACCAUGUCUCUCUGAUUGAGAACUAUCCAGCUACCCUGGAAGUUCUUGGAGAACCAAUCAGACAGGGACCUUUCCAAGUGUGGGAGGGAGCUCCUGGUAUUCGAACAUCUUCUAGGGGUCACCACCGUCACGUCUUCCUCUUUAGGAACUACUGUAUCAUCUGCAAACCCAAAAGAGACAGCAACACUGACACACAGGCAUAUGUUUUUAAGAACAUGAUGAAGCUGAAUAACAUCGAUGUGAAUGAAACGGUGGAAGGAGACGACCGUGCAUUUGAGAUCUGGCAUGAACGGGAGGACACUGUAAGAAAAUACACUUUACAGGCCCGAACGGUUACCAUCAAGAACUCCUGGUUGCGAGACCUCAGGGAACUGCAGCAACGCUACACUAUGCCUGCAUGGAGUCCGCCUGAUUUUGAAGAAAUUUUGGCAAACUGUACAGCAGAACUGGGUCAAACAGUUAAACUUGCUUGCAAAGUCACUGGGGUGCCCAAACCUGUAGUUACCUGGUACAAAGAUGGCCGUGUAGUAGAGGCAGAUCCUCAUCACAUCAUCAUAGAGGACCCUGACGGCUCUUGCACAUUGAUCCUGGAUAACAUGACAGCAGAUGAUUCUGGCCAGUACAUGUGCUUUGCAACAAGCCCAGCAGGCAAUGCAAGUACUCUUGGAAAAAUCACUGUUCAAGUGCCUCCUCGUUUUUUAAAUAAAUUAAGGAAUGCUCUUUUUGUUGCUGGAGAAGAUGCUCAGUUCACCUGUGUGAUUCAGAGUGCCCCCAACCCCAAAAUAAGGUGGUUCAAAGAUGGACGAUUAUUGACUGACCAGGAGAAGUAUCAAACCUACAGUGAGCUCCGUAGCGGGGUUGUAGUUCUGAUUAUAAAAAACCUGACUGAGAGAGACCUUGGACACUACGAGUGUGAGCUGUCAAACCGCCUAGGCAGUGCCAAGUGUGCUGCUGAUUUAGUAGUUCCUUCUGCUGUGGCCCGUACUGGGGAGCAGGGCAUCACCAUUGAAGUUACCGAACAGGAGACUAAACUACCGAAGAAGACCAUCAUCAUCGAGGAGACGAUUACCACUGUUGUGAAAAACCCACGCAUGAGGAGACACAGAUCUCCAGGCUUGAGUGUUACUGGAGCCCACCGUUCAGAAACUUCCACCCCUGAACUACCUGCAACCAGGCCAAGAAGGAUGCCGACCCAGAGAAAGACCACCAUCCCAACCCUCUAUGUCACUGAUCCUGAGGGGGCUGGAGCCAGGGCAGCAGAAAGCAAGCCCAGGUGGGUUGAAGUGGAGGAAGUCAUUGAGUAUAAGGUCAAUAAGUCUCCCAGACUGUCCAGAAGAAGAGGGAUCUCACCUGCAGGCUCAGAUCGUGCAGCAACCCCCUCCCGUCCCAAGAGGUCUCCUCUGGACAACCUGAAUGUUAACAACUCAAACAACAAGCUGGUGGAACAGAAACAGGAACAUCUUAAAGACGAGAUCAGCAGCCAGACCGUCUCCUGGGAGGAAGAGGAGCCUCAGACUGCCUCUGGCUCUGCAUCGAGAGAACCAUAUGAACUGCCAAACAUCGCAACGCUUGCUGAAGAUAUCGAUGACCUGGAUGAUCAACAAACUGUUAUCUUUGAACCGGAUGAUGAUGACAGUAAGAGGAAUGAACCAGUGGAUCUGAAACAAGGGGAUCGUAUUAUAAAUCUGGAGGACUUGGAGGAUUACAUCCCAGGAGAGGGAGAAACCUACGGCUCCUCCGACAGCUUACGCGUCUCUGACGAGAAGCCUUGUGAGGUCUCUGUCCUCCAGAGGGAGAUUGGGGGGUCCCAAGUAGGACAGCCGGUGCUUCUCCAUGUGGGGCGGCCGGAAGUUUUUCCAAGGCAGAGAAGGGGCCUCUUCGGCCGCUUCAGGGAGCAUCUAUCAAGCGGUCUUUUUCCAUCUGUCUCCCCACAAACCAGCGGAGCUCGAACCAGGAUGGAGAGACAAGUCCCAAUCCAAGUGAGCCACGCCAAGCUGGAGGUGCAGCCCUCUUACUGCACUGAGGUACAGAGAGUGGAGGGUGGGCAGCAGAGCUUUAAAACUAAGGUGUCCACCCAAACCUACGGUUACACAUCAGUCGGAAAGCCUGUCACUCUCCAAAUUAAAGAGAAACCCUUUCAAAACCAAUAAACAACUUUUAAUUCGCAACACAAAUCAUUAGUCUUAAAUGGAUUCAUUUCUACUUACAUUAUUAAAAUAAUCUAAAAAAAUAUAUCUGCUACAUAAAAAAAAGCAACCAUUCCAUAUUGAAGCAGCCAGUCAGAAAAUAGUCUGAUCCUCAGUUGUUUUUGUGGGAUUCAGCGUUUUCUAUAGGCUAGGGAAUGUGGAAACUGUAAACUGUAGAGAUAAACAUGUCACUGUAAGCAGGUUUCAGCUCUGUCUGUAUUUUUUGUGAUGUGUGACAUGCAGCAUGAAUAAAGUGGACAGAGCUCUAUGAAGAAACCUUUUGUCGUUCAUCAGUUUGAUGGUCGUUUUCAUAGAUGUGCCACCAUGAAAAUCAUCAUCUCUGCAAAAGGAACUUAUCCAAGCAGUAAAAUGACUACCACAGCUCUUUUUUUCUUGCAGAAACUUUCUUGAAUUUUUGAAGGAGAAAGUAUGUAUAACAUGGCAUAGACUUUGGCUUUCUGUAUUACUGUUAGGUUAAACCAGUGGUGUGCCAUUAAAUUCUAGAAACUUUUGCCUUGAUGUAUGAAUGAUUCCUUGGUAAGCAGUAGUAACACUGGAGUGCACUACAACCUGUUUUGCACUACAAGUACACUUUACCUGAACCAUAAGUCCCCCCCCAUACUCUAUCAUUAGCUCUUGUUUUACCACGCUUCUUAGCCCUUUUCCUGCCUUUCAAUGAUUUGCAGUUGCAUGCAAACUCACAGGGGAGUUUUGUGUGUCAGUGACAUAUUUACACGAGUGACUGCAUGUAUUUGCUUUCUACAGCAAAUGUGUUCAACAGAAUCAUCUUGUAUUUAAGUGAAAAUGUUAAAUUCAAGGACUUUACUACGUUCUUUACAAAUGUUGCAGUGCUUGUGUUGGUAUAAGGUACCAUGUAAUUGGUAUGGACUAUGUAUGCUGUUAUAUUAUGGCUCCGACGGAUUGUUAUUGUUUGAAAUGUUCAUGUGUAGUUUUCGAGAGGAAAAUUAGGUUGAGCACAGUGUUAAAUAAAUGUACAGAAAACUCCCAAAAUAA